CUGUUUUUUUCGUCAUUCUUCCAGCGCCUUCAUCAUGAAUAACAAUAAAAUUGAAAUACGCGUGCACGAGGGAAAGUUAAUUGGUAUCAUAGAAAGAGAUGUUUAUGGCGAUUACUAUGCCGCCUUUCGAGGAAUACCAUAUGCAAAACCGCCGAUUGGAGAACUUAGAUUUAAAGAUCCGGUACCAGCAGAACCAUGGUUUGGUAGCAGAGACGCCUCGAAGUAUGGAAGCAUAUCUGUUCAAAUGGAUCCUCUUACACAUGAAAUUGUGGGUGAUGAAGAUUGCCUCUAUUUAAAUGUGUUUGUCAAGAAAAUCGAACCUGGGAAGAAGCGUACGGUAAUGGUAUGGAUACAUGGCGGUAGUUUCUGUAGGGGGUCCGGUGAUGCAAACAUGUACGGACCCGAUUACAUAGUGCAGAAAGAUGUAGUUUUGGUUACCUUGAAUUAUAGACUAGGUGCUCUAGGUUUUUUGAACCUUUAUGAUAAAGUGGCAACGGGUAAUCAAGGUUUAAAAGAUGUAAUUUUGGCAUUACAAUGGGUUCAAAGAAAUAUAUCACAGUUCGGUGGAGAUCCAAAAAAUGUCACUAUCUUCGGCGAAAGUGCUGGCGGAGGCAUUGUACAUUGUUUAACUUUGUCUCCAUUAGCCAAAGAUUUAUUUCACAAAGCAAUAUCACAAAGCGGCGUCAUGAGAUGUCCUUGGGGCUAUACUGAACAAUCAGCUUCGAUGAACAAAAGCUUUCGGCUUGCCGAAAAGCUUGGAAAAGUAACCACAAAUCCAAAAGUCGCUUACGAAUUUCUCAAAACAAUUGAUGCGAAGAAGCUUAUAGAGACUCAAGAAAAAUUUCUCUCGACAAAAACGGAGAUUCAACAACACGGUACCAUGGCAAAACUGGGCAUAAGAUUUACACCUACUUCGGAUAACGAAUCAUCGAAUCCAGUUUUCCCGGGAGAUCUAGCAAAAUAUCUGAACCGCGGAGUUAAGAUACCAUUACUUUUAGGUUUUACCGAGUGCGAGGGAUCUAUAUUGGUAAACAGUAAUAUUGGCGGAUACAUAACUGAAGAAGAAUUAAGAAAAAUCGAUUCCGAUUUCAAAAGCUCCAUACCUCCUAACUAUUUAUCUAUACUGCCAAAGAUAUCAAUCACAGUUGAGGACUUGAAAUCUUUAUAUUUUGGUGAUAAAGCAAUAUCAGAGGAAACUUUGGCAAAUUACGUUAAUUAUAUUAACGACGGGUGUAUGUGUCGUGGUAUAAUGGAAGUAGUGGAUAUUCAGACAAAGCUGAAUCAUAACAAAACGACAUAUUUGUAUAAAUUUUCCUACGAGAGUGAAAAUUCUGUUAUGAAAAAAAUAUUAAAUAUUGAAUUUCCAGGUGCGUGUCAUGGAGAGGAACUGCCAUACUUGUUUCAUUUCUCUGUGAUGAAAGAUUUAGGUAUAUCCCUACCUGCAGUUGAUUCGAAAGAUGGUAAGAUGAUAAACCACUUAACACAAAUGUGGACGGAUUUUGCCAAAACAGGAAAUCCUACGCCUACUACAAAUGCAUGGUUACCGGUGACCGGUUCACAGGAAAAAUACAAUUAUUUAAAUAUUGAUGUAAAUUCGCAAAUGAAUGUCUUCCGUAAAGGAGAAGAAAGUUGGAAUUGGGAAGAGAAGAAAAAUAAGUUGCGGUUUGUAUAGGAUAAAAUUAUGUAGACAUUAAAAAUAUUUUUUCUUUUUUUGUUUUAGAAAAAAAUUAAACUCUUAAGCGUGUACGCAAAAUGGUAACUUCGAUGUUGAGGCACAAAAUUUAAUGUUUAUGCAUUUAUGGUUAUUAAUUUUUAUAAUAAAAUAAUUUGUAUGUGCUCUUCAAUAGUUACACUAAAACGUGUUUUAGAAAGUUUUAAAACAAUAAACAUUAUACUUUCUUCUAAAAAAA